UUUAAAACUGCCAGAGCCACAAGAACGGGGUUUUAAUCAAUCAUUCUCAGAAUACAUCGAAAGACUAGAAGUGCAGGUGCUUCACACGGGGACGAUCAAACAUUUCCAGGGAGUUCAGGGAAAAGAAGCUGCAGCCUUUGUUGGAAAUAAAUAUCUUGAGGGAUAGGCAUUGGUUUUUCUCCUCACGAAGAAUGGGAUUCUCCGACAAGAUUGGCAAGUAUCAGCUUAGCAGAACAAUUGGAGAAGGCUCCUUUGCCAAGGUGAAAUUGGCCAUAAACACAACCAAUGGACAAUAUGUAGCAAUCAAAAUCAUUGACAAGCAAAUGGUCUUGAAAAAUAACUUGAUGCAACAGGUGUCAAGAGAAAUCAGGACGAUGAAACUUCUACAUCACCCCAAUAUAGUUAGAAUUUACGAGGUACUAGGCACAAAAACCAAAAUUUACAUUGUUAUGGAGUAUGUGUCAGGGGGACAGCUUUCUGAUAAGCUGUCUUAUUUGAAGAAGUUAAGCGAAAGAGAAGCAAGAAAAUACUUCCAGCAGCUAAUUGAUGCUGUAGAUCAUUGCCACUGUAGAGGGGUGUAUCACAGAGAUCUAAAGCCAGAAAACUUGCUUCUGGACAACAAAGGAAAUGUGAAAGUGUCAGAUUUUGGCCUUAGUGCACUAAAACAGAAACCAGGAAGCCUACUCUCUACUGCAUGCGGAUCUCCAAGCUAUGUAGCACCAGAGCUUUUAACUGAUAACGGCUAUGAUGGAGCAGCUGCAGACGUUUGGUCCUGUGGAGUAAUACUUUUUGAACUGCGGGCUGGAUAUUUACCCUUUGACGACUCUAACCUGACAAACUUGUACAGAAAGAUAUAUAAAGCAGAAUUUGCAUUUCCAGAGCGGUUCACAGAAGGUGAAAAACAGCUCAUUUCUAGAUUGCUCGAUCCAAACUCAAAAACUCGAAUAACUAUAGCAGAAAUCGUUGACCAUCACUGGUUUCAGAUGGACUAUGAGCCAGCUGAGGAAAUAGGGCAGGAAGAGGAUAUCAAUGUGGAUGAUGUUCAUGAAGCAUUCACUUCACUCAAGGAAACUGAGACAGAAGUGAGUGUCCCCCGUGCCUCGAGUUUCAUAAAUGCUUUCCAGCUUAUAGCAAUGUCAAAUGACCUAGAUUUGUCAAGACUCUUCGAAGAAAAGGGAAAUGAAAAGGAGAAAAAAACAAUAGGAUCUAGACACACAGUCAAUGAAACCAUAGAGAAAAUUGAGGCUGCUGCAAAGGAUGUGCAUCUGGCAGUUGAAAUGAUGAACCACUCAAAGAUGAAAAUGCACCCGCGGAAGAUGACUAGAUGUUCAAGAUCCUGUCUUGACCUAUCAGCCCAGGUUAUCGAGGUGGCCCCUCAACAUUGUGUUGUACAAGUAUCAAAAUCAACAGGGGAGCUGGGAUUGUACAAAGAGGUAUUCUGCAAAAGUUUAUCAAGUCUGCUGGCAGAAGAGCUAGACAUGCCAUCUGAAGUGACUCAGUAUCAAGUGCCUGCUCAAGAUCCUCUUAACACAAUUACUGAAGAUCCUGUAUCCACAACUAAUUCAAAUGGUAAACAGAACUUCAAUCACCAGCAUGGUUGAAAAUGUUUGAAGUUGAGGAAAUCCCUAAACAACAAGGAGAGGCCUAAGUGGCUACCAUGACAUUUUAUGCAGAAAGCAAUUUCAUCUUCUUCCUUCAACUCUGAACUCUAUACAGAUAGAUUCUGACGUUGCUAAUGUAUCGAAGCCAAUGGAGAAAGAAUAAAUUAUUUUUCCCCAUGCUUCUAUAUUUGGUUCAAGAAAUCAGCAUUAGUCAAUUAA